AUGGUUCGGUCUUUUGUUUGGAAGAUACAAAAGGGUAUUUCACACUUAGUAAACAAAAGGCACGAAGAUUUCAGUGACGAGAUAAUAGUGGCAGAGCCAGAGGAUGUUAGGGAGGGAUAUUUUGUUGUUGUUGCAAACAAGGAGGGAGAAACUAAAAGGUUUGUGAUUGGGUUAGAGUUCCUGAGUGAUCCUGCAUUUUUGGGAUUACUCGAUCAAGCUCGGGAAGAGUAUGGUUUCAUAUACAAAGGAGCUAUUGCUGUCCCCUGUCGACCUCAAGAAUUACAUGACAUUCUGGAUGGUCGCUGA